CCCGGGCGAGUGCGGGGCGAGGGGCCCCGGGGCCAGAGCUGAGCCGGCGGUGGGGGUCCGCGCAGAGCGCAGCCGGCCGGGGAGGGGCCAUGUCCGGCGCGGGCGCAGCGGGGCCCGUCUGCAGCAAGUGACCGAGCGGCGUGGACCGCCGCCUGCCCCCCUCCGCCACCUGGGGCGGCGCGGGCCCGGGUGCCGGGUGCCCGGAGCCCGGGUCGCGCGUAGAUCCGGCGCGAUGCACGUGCGCUCGCUGCGCACCGCGGCGCCCCACAGCUUUGUGGCGUUCUGGGCGCCCCUGUUCCUGCUGCGCUCCGCCCUGGCCGACUUCAGCCUGGACAACGAGGUGCACUCGAGCUUCAUCCACCGGCGCCUCCGCAGCCAGGAGCGGCGGGAGAUGCAGCGCGAGAUCCUCUCCAUCUUGGGUUUGCCCCAUCGCCCGCGCCCCCACCUCCAGGGCAAGCACAACUCGGCGCCCAUGUUCAUGCUGGACCUGUACAAUGCCAUGGCGGUGGAGGAGAGCGGCGGGCCCGACGGCCAGGGCUUCUCCUACCCCCACAAGGCCGUCUUUAGCACCCAGGGCCCCCCUCUGGCCAGCCUGCAAGAUAGCCACUUCCUCACCGACGCCGACAUGGUCAUGAGCUUCGUCAACCUUGUGGAACACGACAAAGAGUUCUUUCACCCGCGCUACCACCAUCGGGAGUUCCGGUUUGAUCUUUCCAAGAUCCCAGAAGGGGAGGCCGUGACUGCAGCCGAGUUCCGGAUCUACAAGGAUUAUGUCCGGGAGCGCUUCGAUAACGAGACGUUCCGCAUCAGCGUGUACCAAGUGCUGCAGGAGCACCUGGCCAGGGAGUCGGACCUGUUCCUGCUUGACAGCCGCACCCUCUGGGCCUCAGAGGAGGGCUGGCUGGUGUUCGACAUCACAGCCACUAGCAACCACUGGGUAGUCAACCCACGACACAAUCUGGGCCUGCAGCUCUCGGUGGAGACCUUGGACGGGCAGAGCGUGAACCCCAAGCUGGCGGGCCUGAUCGGGCGGCACGGCCCCCAGACCAAGCAGCCUUUCAUGGUGGCCUUCUUCAAGGCCACCGAGGUCCACCUUCGCAGCACCCGCUCCACGGGCGGCAAGCAGCGCAGCCAGAACCGCUCCAAGACGCCCAAGAACCAGGAGGCCCUGCGGGUGGCCAAUGUCGCAGAGAACAGCAGCAGCGACCAGAGGCAGGCCUGUAAGAAGCACGAGCUGUACGUCAGCUUCCGCGACCUGGGCUGGCAGGACUGGAUCAUCGCGCCCGAAGGCUAUGCCGCCUACUACUGCGAGGGAGAGUGCGCCUUCCCGCUGAACUCCUACAUGAACGCCACCAACCACGCCAUCGUGCAGACACUGGUCCACUUCAUCAACCCAGAGACGGUGCCCAAGCCUUGCUGUGCACCCACGCAGCUGAACGCCAUCUCCGUCCUCUACUUUGACGACAGCUCCAACGUCAUCCUGAAGAAAUACAGAAAUAUGGUCGUCCGGGCCUGUGGCUGCCACUAGCUCCUCCUGGAAGUCAGACCCUCUGGGGCCGCCUUCUCCUGGAUCCCCGUCUCCCGCCGCCCACGGUCCCCCGCCGCCACGCCUCGGCGACGCUCAGCAGGCCCAGCGCCUCUUUUGAGACCUUCACACCCUCCCCGACUUGAAAAGGGCGGGAGCGUUCAGGAAUUUGAGAGGCUUUGAUCAGUUUUCGUCGGUAUCCCGUGGGCAAGCUCCCACAGGUUGCUGCGGGCAAAACCCAACAGGAAAAAAAAUGUAAAGAAAACGGCCCGGCCACGAUCGCUGGCUGCAAAGUCUCAGCCGUGCACUGACUCGUCCCCGGGGGUUGGGAGCGCCCUUCCGCCAGGCCACCCAGCAGCGGGCAGUGGGCGGCUCGGUGAGGGGUGGGCACACAUGUGUCUGGGCUGAAGGAAAGCUGAGCAGGAAGUCCCUGUAAUAAACGUCACAAUAAAAUGAAUGAAUGAAAAUGGUUAGGAUGUUACAGAUAUAUUUUCCUAAACAGUUUAUCCCCAUUUCUUGGUUUACUCUGAUUUCAUAAACAGAAGCCGCGGCCAGCGGAGGGCGGGAGGCCCCCUCCACCCCAUCCCGUGUUCAGCCUGAGGCCCGCGGUUUGCGCAGACCUGCCCAAACGCAGGAUUGGGCUGGGAGGGGAGACAGCAGAUUUCUGCUCCGAGGAGGGGGCGUGUUGACCUUGAAGGAAAAAUGUGUCCCGUCCUCCAACUGGGUGUGUGAUGGCAAGAAUUCAAAUAGGCCUGUGCAGCCCCAGGAGAUGCUCGCAAUUGGUUUUCCAGCUCUCCCCGGGGUAGGAAAUCAGUGAAAUGGCCGAGAGGAGGGGGCAACAUUCAGAGCAGAACCCGGACUCGACCCUGGACUCGGCCACUGUGGCCCCGUUUCCAGAAGCACCGAGGGAGCCUAGCCCUCGACAGGGGUGGGUGGGCAGGGGACUGUCCAUCCCCCAGGUGGGCCCCUCCGUUGUUCAUUGAUAGCGUCCUGAAGUCUGGGUUCUGACGAGGGCCUCCGUGGCCCCUUCUUCUCAUUUGCAGACCCCUAUUGAGGGCCCUGCAAAUGAUCGGUUCCUUGAAGUAAGGGAAAGAUGGGGUGGUGGGAGGUCUGCUGGGGGCAGGGUGUGCUGGACACGAAUCUCAAAUGAAAGGCUCUAGAAGCUGUUUUGAAAGUGACACCCUAGUCAAGUGUCCUGACUAUAGGUGCCAUUUCUGAGAUGACGCUUGAUGCCAGGCUCCCUUGCCUUGGCCAGCAGUUCCGUCAGUGGUGCGCACCCAGCCUCCAGCCGCACACCAGGCCUUGGGGAGGCCCCGGGCCGUCUGUUGCCUGGGUGAGGCCCGUGGCCCCUGCAAUCCAGUCCGGUGGGGAACUGUUUCUCCCCCUUGAUUAAGUUGGUUCCUGGAAACACUGGGCCCUGCUUUCAUUUUCUUUUAUCUUUUUCUUCUGUAGUAGCUUGGGCUGCAGCCUUUGCCUGGUCCACGAGGAAGUGUCGCGGUUUCUGUUAUAUUUCGUUUUGUCUGUUGGCAGAUCUGGGGAUUUUUGUGUGAUUCCCUCUUGGUGCGAGUUUUUUCACCACGCAGGCCCCAACUAGCCUCUGGUUAGCAUCAUUUGUACAUUGAAACAUGUAAAUAGUUGUUACAAAACAGAGAAAUUAUUUAUGUCCAUCUGAAGCUGUUAGGGCCUCCUCAACCCCGUGUCCAGGACGAUGAGCUCGCUUCCUCCAAUCUGUUGUUUUCUUAUUUAAGACUAUUUAUUAACGGUCGGACCCAUGUACCUUCAACUGUUGCCUAGAGCCGUCCUCAGCACAAAUUCUGUAUAAAUAGACAAAGGGUUUUGACUUCGCAAUAAAAGGAGACAUUUGGUUCUGGUUCUUGGGCC